GCUUCCCUGGCCCACCCCCGAGCCGGAACCCGCACUCCUGGGCUGUCCUAGCAGUCGGCCUCCUGUGGUGCUGCCCGUCACUGAUGUUAGGCCUUACCCAUACACCUGGCACACCCAUCUGCCUCGCCCGGGAGGCUGGGGCGCCCCCCUGUGGCUCUGGCAGAUAGUUCUAGGAAGCACACUGGGCCUGUGCACUUACCUUCCGUAUGACAGGCAAGGCCUGGGUUGCAUUAGGACUGGCUGCUGGCCCAUCACAUCACAGGGAAAGUUACUGCAUAGCUCCAGUGUGCUGCAAUGGGAAGCCAGUCUGUCUUUCUGUUAUAUUUCCAGGGUGCCCAUUGCUGUCGUACCUACGAACCGUGUUCAAGUGACAGCAUAGGCCUCAGAACCCCAUGUUACAUUGUUUCCUCUGUGCUUGCCCAGGCUAUUGUAAUGGCAGAUUUUCCUUGCCCGUCACUGACAUUGCUGCCUGUCAGCCAGCACAUGCUGGCAUUCUAAGUAUAAGGAGCUGCAAGCAGUCAGCCUUGUCCUAAAGCCCCUCUGACUUUCUGCCAGUGAACAGUGCAGUAAGCUGGCUUGUGUGCACCACUACGCUCCUAGAUGGCGUAUAUGUUAAAGAUGCUUAUGUGUAAACAUAACCUGAACUCGGAGCCCCAUAGCGCACCAUGCCAGACUGGCCUCAUAGGCACUGCUGGUCAUUAUAUAAAGGUCAUUUAUUUCCACAUAAAUCAUUCCAAUGACCUUGGACCUGAAUGGAGGGUGGGGCUGGGACUUGCAUGUGUGGCUUGUCCAAGCAGCAGCUGACUGUCCAUAACACAUUCCCAUCCGACAGUGCAUCUGGCUAAGCAUUCAGAUGUAUUCUUGGGAUCUUAGCAAAGGGGGAAGUAAGGAGCAGGUGGGUGUGGGUAGACACAUCCCUCAUCCAAGGGAGUGAGUGCAAGUGUAGAAGAAUGGACAGUGACUGGCGCAGAUGUUUGCACUGGAAAGCUAUUGUGCCAAAACCUGUUAACUGGGAGGGCAAUGGGGGCCAAACGUUAGAUGACAUGACUCUAAGCCUGUCAGUUUGUGUGUGGCAAUCCAACAGUGUAUAAAAGUAAUUAGUGACACAGUAUAAAGGGUCACCCUUUGCCCUGUACGCUGCCUACAUGCCGUAGUUUCUACAGAGAGGGACAACACGGUCAAGUCUCUCAGGUAUUUUGGAGGUACAGGAGCUGCUGCUUAUUCGAUUAUCACACAGGUGGGUCUUCCCUAGAAAUAGCCCCAGGCAGAGCUCCUGAAAUCAUUUCUUCAAGAGUCUAAUCUGAUCUUCAGUGUGCACUAGUGAGUUCAUGUGAUCUCUGUAACCUGGCAUAGAGGGAAAGGACAGGAAAAAGGAACAGCUUCUGUGGGUGGAAGGCUUGCUGGGGAACAAGGGCAGAGAGAGGCAAGGCUGACUCCCUGGGUCAUUGCUGGGGUAGGCCAGGAGAAAAGGGAAGACAGGUAUAAGAGAAAGGACUUGCUAGAACUUGCCUAUGCCUGGGCCUUGGCUGGGGUUGGGACACUCUGAUAUUAGCUGGUUCUGGUAGUUUAAGCUGGUACAAGCUGUAGUUCGGGUUGUCUUGCACAUGACAUACUGACUAGUUCCUUCAUAUGCAACUUGUAAGAGUAGCUAACCGAAUGAAGAUGAACUCCAAUGACAGCAGCAAAUCAGAGAAUGAUACUGAGGAAGAAGAAGAGUUUGCAAAUGAACACAUUAAGAGACUGGGUGGAGGAAGUACAGAUAUGCAGCAGGAUGACACUCCUCAGGAGGGAGCUUUUGAGACAGAGGACACAUGCCCAGGGCACAAGAGUUCAGAUGGGAAAAGUGAUCUGCUGACUGUCUCACUGAUCCAUCUGGAAGAACAAAUGCCAGAAGACUGUGAAGCAGAGACCACUCCAAGAAAGAAAAAGAGAAAACACAGGCUGCUGUCUAUCAACCUGACCAACUGCAAGUAUGAGAGCGUGCGGCGUGCUGCUCGACACUGUGGCCUAAAAGAAGUGGGGGAGGAUGAGGAGUGGACGGUGUACUGGACUGACUGCUCGGUCUCUCUGGAGCGUGUCAUGGAAAUGAAGAGGUUUCAGAAAAUCAACCAUUUCCCGGGGAUGACAGAGAUCUGCCGGAAGGACCUGCUGGCCCGCAACCUCAACCGCAUGCUCAAACUCUUCCCCAAGGAGUACAGCAUCUUCCCCCGCACCUGGUGCCUGCCUGCUGACUAUGGGGAUUUCCAGGCCUACGGGCGCAUGAGGAAAAACAGGACGUACAUCUGCAAGCCAGACAGUGGCUGCCAAGGGAGGGGCAUCUUCAUAACCCGCAACCCAAAGGAGAUUAAACACGGGGAGCACCUGAUCUGCCAGCAGUACAUAUCCAAGCCCUUCCUUAUCGAUGGCUUCAAAUUUGACCUGCGUAUCUACGUCCUGGUCACAUCCUGUGACCCCCUGAAGAUUUUUGUCUAUGAGGAAGGGCUGGCCCGGUUUGCCACCAUGAGGUACAUCGAGCCCAGCAGCAGCAACCUGGACGAUAUCUGCAUGCACCUGACCAACUAUGCUAUCAACAAACAUAAUGAAAACUUCAUCCGAGACGACAUGAUGGGCAGUAAGAGGAAACUGUCUACCUUGAAUGCGUGGAUGAUGGACAACAGCUACGACACGACAGAACUCUGGGAAGACAUUGAGGACAUCAUUAUAAAGACCCUUAUCUCAGCCCACCCUGUUCUGAAGCACAACUACCGCACCUGCUUCCCCAACCACAUCACUGGCUGUGCCUGCUUUGAGAUUCUGGGCUUUGACAUCCUGCUAGACAGAAAGCUGAAGCCCUGGCUGCUGGAGGUGAAUCACUCUCCCAGUUUCACCACGGACUCACACUUGGACCGAGAGGUGAAGGACGCUUUGCUCUGUGAUGCCAUCAACCUGAUAAACCUGCGAGCAUGUGACAAGAGGAAGGUGCUGGAAGAGGACAAGCGACGGGUGAAGGAGCGACUCUUCCAGGCCCACCAGCCACCUCGUGAAGCCAGACGUGAGCAGUUAGAGAACAGCCAGGCGGCCUGGCUGACCCAAGCGGAGAAGUAUGAGAACACGCACCUGGGAGGGUACCGGCGCAUUUACCCCGCGCGGGAGACAGACAAGUAUGAGCCAUUCUUCAAGCACAGUGGCUCCCUCUUCCAGGAGACAGUGGCUUCCAAGGCCAGAGAGGAGUGUGCCAGGCAGCAGCUGGAGGAAAUUCGCUUGAAGCAAGAGCAACGAGAGGCUACUACUGGGAAGAAGAAAAAGGAGCGAAAGGAGAACCUGCAGGGAGAGUCAGCUGGGGAGAAAUCCCGCAUCCGCAGCAAAGCCAAGGCUCCUCCCACUCGCCUCACCUACAACAGCGCCAGGACCUGCGACAGGAAGAUGCAGCAGAUGGUGUUUGACUCCAUGCGGCCCCAGGAGAUAGUGGAAGAUGAGGAAGUAGAGAGGAUCAAGGCUCUUCUGCAGCGCGAAAACCUCAUCCGGGGUCUGGGCAUCGUGGAUCACCUCUCUCGACUACUCCACACAACUGAGCCCAGGCCUGUGGAUGUCCACAGGCCCCACAUCAAUAUCUCCGAGAGCCAGCCGCGAUUCCUUCAGGACGUGUUUGGGAACCGGGAGACACAGGGUUUAAUGACCCUCGUCCCCCUCUCACUCCUGAGAGGCACAGUCCGGGAGUUAGGACAGCAGAUCAUGCAGCAGCCUGCGGCCAGGGCCCGGAUGCUGGGCAACCAGGGCUUCAUUCCCACCCUCCUGGGUACCCUGUCAGGCGUGGGCCAGAGCAUCCCCUACCGCGCACAGUAUAAGCCACAGCAUGGCCUGCAGCCGCAGAAGAACAUGAGCUGGUUAGGAAGCCACACUCUGGGGACACCGAUGGUCACCGAGCCCUGUGCUCUGGCAAAGAUACUGAAUGAGGGAGGCCGGAGAUUCUCCAGCGCCAGAAACAAGGUCGAAAGCCAUGCCCAUGUCCCCAGGCGGCCCCUGCAUAUGGCCAGUGGUUACGCCGACUCUCUGACAUACCUGGCUCAUGCUGGCAAGGCUCCAAAUCACACAUAUAGUGACUGCAUCUUCCCCUCAGUGACAGACUCCCUCAACCGUGCUGCAGUCCAUGAGCUAGCCAUCAACUCUGCCUCUGCUCCCAUCGCCCAGCGCUCAGACACCUCACACCGCGCCAAUGCCAUGUCCAUGCUCCACUUCAACCACCACAGGAAAUGGACCUGAACCUUGGCCAAACAGUCUCUGGGGAAGAAAGGGACCAACGGCCUUGGGAAUCCUGCAGCCAAAGGUGAUGGCUAUGCCAAAAGACUUGCUUUCUUCUGCCUGGAAGGGAGAAAAACCUCCAAGGGGCCAGGCAGAUGAGGGGGAGACAAGGGAGACAGUGACCCCAGGCCUGCUGCGGUGACCUGGCGGCUAGCGAUGAGGACGCCGGCGUCCGCUGCAGAUGAGGAGCCCUCUCAGUGGGGGCUGAGCACUUCAGAAACCAUUUAGUGAGCACUCCAGAGUCAUGUCUCCACUGGACAGAGCUGUUUUCAAACAAUGCUGUGCAAGGGAUUUUGUUAAUAGUAUUCGGCACCAUCCUCUCCAGCCGACUUCGUCCUGUAGCUGGGAUCCCCAGCCUGUAACUGCAGCCUCUCCCCCACACCUGCUGACCAGCACUGCAACAACAGGGCAGGGCUUGUUUCCUUCAGGGCUGCAAGAGUUUGUUCUUUUGUAUCUGUCUUAUUAAAGUUUUAUACGGUU